AUGCUUGUCGCCAUUGCGUCCUUUCUCGGAAACACUCGCGACAUAAGCUGCCUUGCUCGCACAAAUCGUCGCGCUUACGAAGUGCUUGACAGGUAUCUAUACAGAUUCGAUGUUAAGACGGCAAAAUACAAUCCGAAAGCUUUUCGAUUCACUUGCUAUUACUCGGGCCGCGACUUGGAUAUUGAUAGCAUCACGAAGAGGUCUCUGGACGCUGGCGCCGACAUCAACUCGCUUUUUUCUGACAUCUUGGUCGAGGACGAAGACGACGACGAAGAAGAUGAAGAAGCAGAUGAGGACAACGAAAAAGACUGUACCAAGACAGCCAUUUACCUGGCUGCUACAAGCAAAAAUCUGUCGCGUGUCCAGAUGCUGAUUGAGGCGGGUGCAAACAUCAACUCGACUUGUACACGUGGCAAAUCGGUGCUCGUAUACGCUAUUGAGGCCAACAGUCUUGACCUUGUUCGGCUCGUCCUCGCACAACCAGAUAUCGAUCUGAAAUGUGCCGGAAGAACGCGGUAUCCGCUUCUCCUAACUGCAGUCGUUCAAGACUCGGUCGAAAUCGCCAAAACGUUGCUACCGUUGGUUGACCCAAACCAGAUCGACUGUCAAAUUAUAACACCACUGAGAAUGGCCGUGUGGAAACAAAACUACGAGAUGGUAGCACUGUUACCUUCAGACGACAGAACUACUCCGAAUGAAUGGGAGCUUGCUGAUGUCAAGGCAGCGCUGGCUCAUCCCGGGAUCAACCCAUCCCCUCCGAUACCGUUGACUCAAUCCACUUUCGGAAUUGCUUGCGGCUGUUCAAGCCUGGAAAUUGUUAAGCUUCUCCAUAACGAUGACCGCACCCAUGUUGAUUUUAGUUAUGACGGUGAACCGCUGCCUGCACUGUUUGCCUUUUAUCAGGAACAAGGCGGCAAUGCCGACUUUCUCGUCCGGUCUACUAAAAGCAAGAAAGCUCGGAACGCCAUCUUUCUCGAAGCUUGUGAAUCAAUUGAUUAUAAAUAUGCAGUAGACAUAUUAGCACUAGCCGCAGAUGAUGACAGAAAGCACGCCGAACGCUGGGCAGAGGCUGCUUCUGCAGAAGGUUGGAAGGAUCUUGCGGCUGCGGUCGCGGCGAAGUGGAAUGCUGCUUAG